AUGGCAGAGCAAGGAGGCUUGGAAGGUAGCCAGCCAGUCGAUCUUUCCAAGCAUCCUUCUGGCAUUGUUCCCACGCUCCAGAACAUUGUUUCAACAGUGAAUUUGGAUUGCAAACUGGAUCUUAAACAAAUUGCCCUGCAAGCCCGUAAUGCAGAAUACAACCCCAAGCGUUUUGCUGCUGUCAUCAUGCGGAUUAGAGAACCAAAAACUACAGCAUUGAUUUUUGCCUCUGGCAAGAUGGUGUGCACAGGUGCCAAGAGUGAACAACAGUCUAAACUUGCUGCGAGAAAGUAUGCACGCAUAAUCCAAAAGCUUGGGUUUCCUGCCAAAUUUAAGGACUUCAAGAUUCAAAAUAUUGUUGGAUCCUGUGAUGUGAAGUUCCCCAUCAGACUUGAAGGACUUGCAUACUCCCAUGGUGCUUUCUCAAGUUAUGAACCCGAGCUUUUCCCAGGCCUGAUAUAUCGCAUGAAACAACCAAAGAUUGUGCUCCUUAUUUUUGUCUCAGGAAAAAUUGUGAUCACUGGAGCCAAGGUGAGAGAUGAGACAUACACAGCCUUUGAGAACAUAUACCCUGUCCUAACAGAGUUCAGGAAAGUCCAGCAAUGUAAUGAGAUAUCUCUGUCUGGUAAAAUGGCGAUCUCCUGGACAAACUCUGCAAUGGUUAUUGGUUUAGAGAGGUGUUUAAGGGCAUCACGGAUGUUUAUGGCUAUGGCUCAAUUCACAGCACAAGGUCGGUUGGAGUUGCUGUUUAACAAUGACGGGGCUUACUCUAAGCUUCUUGGUAAUGAUUUUCUUGGUGGAUUGAGAUCAUUUCAGGCCCAGAAGAGAAAAAUCAGGUUUCUUGUUGCUAGUAGUUCAAAGUUAUAUGCUGCUGCUUCUUUGAGCAAGAAAUCCAAGCAUUUUUAUACACAGGCAAGUCAAAGUGUUAGUAAGGUUAAUGAUGAGAGUGAUGAAGAUCAUGAGAGAGAGAGGGAUGAGUUGGCUUGCUUUAGAGGCCUUGUCUUGGAUAUCUCUUACAGGCCAGUCAACGUUGUGUGCUGGAGGCGUGCUAUAUGUUUGGAAUUCAUGGAGAAGGCUGAUGUGCUAGAAUAUUAUGAUCAGACUGUAAAUUCCCCAAGUGGAUCCUUUUACAUUCCAGCUGUACUAAGGGUUCCACAUCUAUUGCAGGUCGUUAAGAGAAGAAGAAUCAAAAGCAACCUUAGUCGCAAGAAUAUACUUUAUCGGGACCACUACACUUGUCAGUAUUGUUCUUCUCGUGAGAAUUUGACCAUUGAUCAUGUUCUGCCAACUGCACGAGGAGGUGAAUGGAAAUGGGAAAAUCUGGUUGCUGCUUGUGCCAAAUGCAACUCAAAGAAGGGUCAAAACACUCCAGAGGAAGCAAACAUGAAGCUGAGUAAGAUCCCCAAGGCCCCAAAAGAUUAUGACAUACUUGCAAUACCCCUAACAAGUGGAGCAAUAAGGAUGCUGAGGAUGAGAAAGGGGAUGCCUGAAGAGUGGCAACAAUAUCUAGCAAGGCCAUCCUCAGAGCCACGGCAUAAAUUCUAG